ACCCCAAUUAUUAAUAAUUAUUCGUCUCGUUUUGCUCUCUCUCUCUCUCUCUCUCUCUCUCUGAUUCUUCUCUACACUCUCGAGAUUGCAAGGGUUAGAAGAUUCAACAAUGUCGACAACAUCUCAAUUUUCUCAAAAUUAGGGAUUUGUACUGUCUCUAGGCGCUUUUCGAUUCAUUUCAAUUUACUUGAUUUUGUUUGGUUUUCGCAUAAAGAUUCGUAAUUGAGGGUUUUUUUGGAUUAGAUUUGGGUGAGAAAUAUUGGGUUUGGUUUGGAUUCGCACACUUUUGACAAUAAUUGCGUAUUUUUUGGUUGGAUUUUGAGGACUACACGAUUUCCUGAAGCUUUUGGUUGAGAUUAACGGUUUAGAAGGAUUGAAGGGUGUUUCAGUGGAGUUUUAUUGUAGAAUAGGAGGAUUGUUGAAGUUGUUGUUGGUUAUUUCAUAGUCUUUUUUUUGUGCCCCUUUUGGAGAUUGUGGUUUGGGUGUGACGAACAGUUUGGUUGUUGAAUAUUUGGGAAUUUGGUGUGUGUGGGUUUUGAUUUGGUGGCUCUGUAUGUCUAAUUCGUAAGGGGUCCUCUGCUAGUGGAGGAUCCCAAAAUCGCGGUUUUUAUUAAAUUGUGGUUUUCUUUUGUCAAUUGAGAGAUACAAUGCUGCUCCGUUUAUUGGUUAAUUUAUUAAGGUGAAGUAGAAGAGUUGUUCAAUUGUUGGGGUUUCAGUGAUUUUGUUGUAAUUUCAAUUUAGCUUAUUGGGUUUGUGGAUUUGACAUAAGUUUUGGGGGUCAUGUUUGGCUCUGGUGUGGAUAUUGGGCCUGAUAAGAGCGGGGUCUUGGGACCUGUAUUGGUACCAAAGCAAUUUGUGUGGCGGUAUGGGGGCAGAAGGGUAUUUCUUAGUGGCUCCUUCACUAGAUGGACAGAACACAUACCAAUGUCUCCAAUGGAGGGCAGCCCAACUGUGUUUCAGGUUAUCUGCAGCUUAACUCCGGGAUAUCAUCAGUACAAGUUUAUUGUUGAUGGAGAGUGGCGGCAUGAUGAGAACGAAGUUUUUGUAAGUGGAAAUUAUGGCGUGGUGAACACUCUCAUCUUACUUAGAGAACCUGAUGUAAUUCAUGCUGUGUAUAGUCCAGAGACACCUGGUAUAUCUAAUAUGGAUGUGGAUCAUGAUCCAUUUCUUCGUCUGGAAGCAAUUCCAAGGAUAUCAGAGGCUGAUAUUGAGAUUUCUCGCAAUCGUGUAUCUGUCUUCAUGUCAACACAUACUGCAUAUGAGUUGCUUCCUGAAUCUGGCAAGGUCAUUGCCUUGGACGUAAAUUUACCAGUGAAGCAAGCAUUCCAUAUUCUAUACGAGCAGGGAAUUCCUGUUGCUCCUCUGUGGGAUUUUGGAAAGGGCCUGUUUGUUGGAGUUCUUAGUGCAUUAGACUUCAUCUUAAUUCUAAGAGAGCUUGGGAAUCAUGGUUCAAAUUUGACAGAGGAAGAGCUUGAGACACAUACUAUAUCAGCUUGGAAAGAGGGAAAAUCACAUCUGAACAGGCAAAUCAAUGGCAGUGGCAGAUCAUGCUCAAGGCGUCUUGUACAUGCUGGGCCUUAUGAUUCUCUGAAGGAUGUUGCUUUAAAAAUUUUACAAAACAAGGUGGCUACAGUUCCCAUUAUCCACUCUUCUUCCCAGGAUGGUUCAUUUCCACAGCUACUACAUCUGGCUUCUCUCUCUGGAAUUCUAAAAUGUAUUUGCAGGCAUUUUAGAUAUUCUUCUGGCUCGUUGCCCAUUCUUCAACAACCAAUUGGUUCACUUCCUUUGGGUACAUGGGUUCCAAAAAUUGGGGAAUCAAAUGGACAGCCAUUUGCAAUGUUGAGACCAAAUGCCUCUCUCAGUGCUGCCCUGUCUUUGUUAGUUCAAGCUGAAGUUAGUUCAAUACCUAUCGUGGAUGAUAAUGAUUCAUUGCUGGAUAUAUAUUGCCGGAGCGAUAUAACUGCUUUGGCAAAAGACAGAGCUUAUGCACAGAUUAGCCUUGAUGAAAUGAGUAUUCAUCAGGCAUUGCAACUGGGGCAAGAUGCAAGUUCUCCUUAUGGCUUCUUUAGUGGACAAAGAUGUCAGAUGUGUUUGCGAUCCGAUCCUCUGCACAAAGUGAUUGAGCGGCUUGCAAUACCUGGCGUGAGGAGACUCGUUAUUGUGGAGGCUGGCAGCAAGCGUGUGGAGGGCAUUGUUUCAUUAAGUGACGUGUUCCAUUUCUUGCUGGGCUGUUAACUGAAAUGGUUCUCAUUGUCAUCGCGUGAAGAGGUUUCUUAUGGUGGCUGAGAAGAUACAUUUAUUUUACUUGACACUAGAGUGUUCUCUGCUAUGCCCCUCCCUCUUCUAGCUUGGGUUAGUCCCGGUGUUUUCUUCCGCGCCUUUGUUGGGCCUUGAUUUUCUGAGCUCUCCAAUCUUAGGACGAUUUUUUUAAAGGAUUAGAAAAAUCUGUAAAUUGAGAGGAUUCAAUUUUCUCCCCCUUUUUAUCGUUACAUUAUGAACUCGAUUCAUGUUGCUGGUACAACUGCCAUGUUUGUCUCUCUUACUACUAAAAGGGAAGUCGGCAAAGGAUCAGCUGGAGAAGUUUGUAGCGCCUCAGCUGGAGAAGUUUGUAGUGCCUCGCUGAUGGUGGGCUGUCCAUAAAAAAGGAGUGGGUUGAUAAUUUCAAUUUUUAGUUACUGAUCUCCACUUUAACUUCCUUUUUUUUUUUCCUUUUUCUUUUAUAGCAUUGCUCUUCUUCUGGCAUGUGCCAAUUUCACUUGAAUACCCACUGGUUAGGUAAUGGGAAUUAUAUUUGUUUAUUCAAUUUAGAUGGGUUGUUUCGUGCU